AUGGCCAACCUGGCGUCGACGUACAGCAACCAGGGCCGGUGGGUGGAGGCCGAGAAGCUGUUUGUGCAGGUGAUGGAGACUCGCAAGACGAAGCUCGGGGCCGAUCAUCCCAAUACGCUGAGCAGCAUGGCCAAUCUGGCGUCGACGCUUUGGAACCAGGGCCGGUGGGAGGAGGCGGAGGUACUACAAGCCAAAGCACUUGAACUGUGUUCGAAGAAGCUAGGUCAACGGCACCCCGAUACUCUGAUCGGUAUGAACAAUCUCGCCUUCAUUUGGAAGGACAUGGGUCGCCACGAAGAUGCCCUUGGCCUACUACAAACUUGCUUUGAUCUCCGGCAACAGGUAUUAGGCGUCGAUCAUCCGUACACCGUGUCUACGCUGUCAACUCUAGAGGCAUGGCGAAAGGAGAACGAACAAUCAGUAGUGUGA